GAUUGGCUGAGGCGCCUGAGGCGACAGAUUCCGGAAAGGGGACGAGCAGCCAACAUGGCGGCAGAAUGCGGCGCGGGCCAGCACCAGUCGCAGGAAAUGAUGGAGGUUGACAGGCGGGUUGAAUCUGAAGAAUCAGGUGAUGAAGAAGGGAAGAAGCAGAGCGGCAGCAUCGGGGCAGACCUCAGCGAGCACGGCCUGAAAGAUGGAGGAGAGCGGGGCGAAGAGGACCCAGAAGAAGGACAGGAGUUGCCUGUGGACAUGGAAACCAUUAACCUGGACCGAGAGGCAGAGGACAUUGACCUGAACCACUACCGCAUUGGGAAGAUCGAAGGGUUUGAAGUGCUGAAGAAAGUGAAGACUCUCUGCCUCCGUCAAAAUUUAAUUAAAUGCAUUGAGAAUUUGGAGGAGUUACAGAGUCUUCGAGAGCUGGAUCUUUAUGACAACCAGAUCAAGAAGAUUGAGAAUCUGGAGGCGCUGACAGAGUUGGAGAUUCUAGAUAUUUCUUUUAAUUUGCUGCGAAACAUUGAAGGGAUUGACAAGUUGACGCGACUGAGAAAACUCUUCUUGGUCAACAACAAGAUCACCAAGAUCGAGAACAUGAGCAGCCUUCAGCAGCUACAGAUGUUAGAGCUGGGGUCUAACCGCAUCCGGGCCAUUGAGAACAUCGACGCCUUGACCAGCCUGGAGAGUCUGUUCUUGGGGAAAAACAAGAUCACUAAACUUCAGAACCUGGAUGCCCUGACCAGUCUGACAGUGCUCAGCAUGCAGAGCAACCGGCUGACCAAGAUCGAGGGUCUGCAGAGCCUGGUGAACCUGAGGGAGCUGUAUCUCAGCCACAAUGGCAUCGAGGUCAUUGAGGGCCUGGAGAACAAUAACAAACUCACCAUGUUGGACAUUGCGUCAAAUAGAAUCAAAAAGAUUGAAAACAUCAGCCACCUAACAGAGCUGCAGGAGUUCUGGAUGAACGACAACCUCCUCGAGAGCUGGAGCGACCUCGACGAGCUGAAGGGAGCCAAGAGCCUGGAGACGGUGUACCUGGAGCGGAACCCCCUGCAGAGGGACCCCCAGUACAGGCGGAAGAUCAUGCUGGCCCUCCCCACCGUGCGGCAGAUCGACGCCACCUUCGUCAGGUUCUGAGCCUCCUUGCUCCCGCCUCGGCCCUCUCUUCAAAGAGCUUCCCAGCCACUGUUUUCUGACCUGCCUGUUGCUCCUGAAACCACCACUGACAGUCACAGACCCAAUGGCAAUAAAAGGCCUGAGCGAUCA